AUGGGCUUCGAGGACAAGCGCAUCGCCAUCGUUGGCGGCGGCCUCGGUGGCAUGUCAUUCCUAAAUGCCGCCUUAUAUGCCGGUCUAAAGAAUAUCCAGCUCUACGAGCAGGCACCACAAUUCGCCGAAGUCGGUGCCGGCGUGAACAUCACCUCCAAUGCCAACCGAAUUCUGGAUGCCUUCGGGCUCCAGGAGAGCAUGACGCGGAAGUCGUCGCGCAAGUUGCCCUGCUAUAUGGAGUACCACAAUUAUAAAGAUGGAGAGUACCUGGGUCACAUUGAAGAGUUCUCGCAACCGCCUGCCCGCUUGUUGCACCGUGCGCACUUGUUGGAUUCGCUAAAGGAGCGCGUGCCCGAGUCUUGCUUGAAUCUUGGAAAGCAUCUUGCGUCGAUUGAGCGGAACACGGAUGCUGGUGCCGCACCAUACACUCUUAAGUUCCAGGACGGCAGCACGGCUGAUGCGGAUAUCGUGAUUGGGUGUGAUGGUAUCAAGUCUAAUGUGCGUCGGGACAUGGGACUGGCCGACUCACCGAACUACUCUGGCCAGGUGGUGUACCGUGGCUUUGUCGACUACAAGGACCUCCCCGAGGAGACGGCAAAGUUGCUCAGGAAGACUGUCAACUUCCGUGGUCCCCAGCGCCACGUCUUGAUUCUGCCUAUUGGCAACCAGGAGACCGGCACCGAUCGCGCGGCCAUUAUCGGAUUCAUGUCUGAGACGCUCGACUCCUGGGACUCAGAGAGCUGGAUGUCGCGCUCUGAGAUCUCUAGCUUGCACGAGCAUGUGCGUGACUGGUGUCCGCAGGUGCAGGAUAUUAUCGAGGGUCUGCGCAAGAGUUCGCCCGAUGGUCGUAUGCUGAAGCAGGCGCUGUAUGUCCGUGAUCCGCUGGAUAAGUGGUACGAGAUGAAGGAUGGUCAGAAGGAUUCGGGUAUCAUUUUGUUGGGUGACUCUGCCCACUCGACCCUUCCUCACCAAGGCCAAGGAACUUGCAUGGCCAUUGAAUCAGGAAUCGCCCUUGCGACUAUCCUCCGUCACUGGAAGAACGAUGAUCUGCAGUCCGCAUUCCAGUUCUAUCAGAACCUGCGCAAGCCCCGGACAGACCGGGUUACACAGACCAGCUUCGAAGCUGGCAAGCUGGCUAGCUCUGAUUCUCCGGAUGAAAUGACUAACAACUUCAAUCCCGAGGCACUGUCUGAGCGAAUGAAGUGGAUUAUGGAGUAUAACGUUCUCGAAGACUUGCGGGUCAAGGGGGCUGAUGUUUUGGAUUUCCAUGACUCUCGGCUGUAG